AUGCGCCAUUCCAUUGUCGGCUACAUCACUGCAUUCCUGACAAUCACAAUCACAAUCAUCCCCGCGCGCCAAUUGCCUGGCGUAUCAUGUUCGGCCACUGGAGCCGCAAUUUCGACGAAUUUCCCUGACCCCAGCCUUGCCCUGGGCCACGACAGCACCUGGUACGCAUUCAGCACCCAGAGCGAAAAGAUCAAUAUCCAACUGGCCAGCUCCCCAGACUUCUCCGCUUGGCAUCUCCAUGACGGUUUUGACGCUCUUCCUACAUUACCUUCAUGGGCUCGCGAAGCACCACACGCCCAGGUCUGGGCUCCCGACGUCAACCCGCGACCCGAUGGAUCAUGGGUCAUGUACUUUGCCGCAUUGAUGCGGACGCAUCCCCAAAAACACUGUAUAGGAGUCGCAACCUCGCCAAACGUGACUGGGCCUUACACCGCCCUUGAAGACCCGAUAGUCUGCGACCUGCCUGGAGGCGGAAACAUUGAUCCGAACCUGUUCCGCGACCCAGUCAACGGACAGAACUAUCUCGUAUACAAGACUGACGGCAACAGCAUCGGACAUGGUGGGGCGUGCGGAAACACCAAUUCCCCUAUCGCGCCCACUCCGCUGCACCUGCAGCUGGUGGAUCCCCACGACCUCGUCACCCCCAUCGGUGAACCAGUGUUUCUAUUCUCCAAUAUCAACAGCAUCAAGGAAGACGGACCGAAUGUCGAACGACCAUGCCUGAUAUACCGCGACUCAGCGUACUAUCUCUUGUACAAUGCGCAGUGCUACGCAGAGCUUGCGUAUCGGAUCGAUUACGUAAGCUGUACCGUGGGCGUAGACACCAAUACGGGCAUUCUAGGCUGCGACUGGAAAACGCUGAAAACGAAGCAGCAGACCUGGAAGAAUCGAACGUUACUCGACACCGGCGACGAAGUCUCUGGCACCAAACUGGACGCACCAGGUAGCAUGGACGUCAGCCCUGAUCAGCGAAAAGUUGUCUUCCAUGGCGAUGUCAACUUGGAUUGGUUCAAGAAAGAUCAUCCUCCUUCCGUCCAUCGAGAUCGUGCCAUGUAUGCGGGAGAGAUUGACUUUGUGAAAUCGAGUUUGCGCGUGACCAAAUUGUACUAA